CUCUAUUAGGGUGCGCGGCACAGUCAACAGCAACACGGCUCUCCCACCUUCCACUAUACAUCGUCUUCCCGUCAGCAUUACUCGCCAUGUCGACCGUCGAUUCCUAUCUCAAGGCUUUGCUCGCGCUCUCCGGAAACGAGCAGCUCGUCACACCCCGCCAACAUCUACUUCAAGGUAUUGAUGACGACGACCUUUCGGAGCUACUGAAGAAAGCCGUGGGGAGGGAGUUCGCGCGCGGCGGCUUGGAAGACAUCGUUACGGUCAUCCUGGACGUCAUCGCAAGGGAUCACGCGACAGCUAGCGUCAAGAAUGAGCAAGUGCAAGGAAACAGCAUCCAGCAGCAAUCCAUGAACGAGAUCAUGGUGAUCAACGAUCAUCCAGCAUCGGGCGGACCAGCUACGUCAGCCAUGUCGACAGCAAGCAAGCGAUCACCUUCACCGUCUCCCGGCAUUGCGACCCGCAAACGUUCCAGACUCGAUACACCUCCUGUAGUCGCCACGCAGGCUGGUGCCUCCGCCGGCAAUAUGAGCCUUCGAGACUGUAAGAUGGAGCAAAUCAUAGAUAACAAGAUCGUUCCGCGCAUCGAUAUCGUCCGCUGGAGUGUACACUACAAUAUUUAUGGUGACGCCAACAUGUCUACCUUAUUCGACUCAAAAUUUGAUGAAGAUUACCUCUCUACCGAUCUCCAUAGAUCAGAGUGGGGUAAGUUGCUAAGACUACGAGAAAAGGGAGUCGCCACCCAAAGCUGUGUCAAUGAUACCGUCAUCAUGAGAGCGAAGCAGCCUGGUGGACGAACAGGACACAUGAACGAGGCCUGCGAUCGCUGUAUUAGGGUGAAGCGUCUGUGCACUCGGCUGAUGCUACAUAAGGGUGUGAUCAAGCUUGCCUUUGUCCCCUUACCUCUCGAAUUUCGCGGUGAUGCAAGGGGGAAUUCGCUGGACUAUUGGGUGCGUCCUUGAGAACUUGCGAUAGAUGUGACUAGCACAUAAGUACGACUACUCUCG